AUGCUAAGCUUCCUGACAGAAUAUCUCCCACAAUCACCUGGGCUGCUCCCCAAAUGGCAGCUCUUCGUCGCCGCGACAGCCGUCUUCAACGCCGUGCAGAACUUUGCGACGCUCAGCUUGACGCGGAGGGUGUAUAACCGUGUCCCCCCCACGAAUGUGACUGCCCUGCAAGCGCGUACCUUUGCGGUCUGGACACUGACUUCGGCCGUGGUACGAGGAUACGCGGCGUAUCACCUUCAGGAAAAGAUCGUGUAUGAAAUGGCCUUCCUCACGUACGUGAUCGCACUAGCGCACUUCGGGAGCGAGCACUUUAUCUAUAGGACCACCAAAAUACCCGGGGGCGUGCUGGGCCCCUUCAUCGUCGCAUCGACGUCCCUGAUCUGGAUGUACAAACAGUACGACUUCUACGUCAAGGCCUGA